CAGCACGCCCUGGGAACGCUGCAGUCGCCAUGGGCAAAGUGAGGAGUGGCGCGAACGCUGAGCUGGGCGGGCGGAAGCGUGUCAGGGACAGUGCAGGGUCCUGUGCUGCCUUGGCGGGCAUGGGCGGCCGGCGCCCCGCUGUCAGAGUCCGGAUGGGGAGCUACUGGGCCUGGAGAAAGACGGGGGCGUUCAGGAAGGAUUUCGCCCGCUUGCGAGGGAGGCGCGGAUGGCGGCGGGCCCGCGGCAUGGGCACCAAGGAUGCCCUCGCAUCCGGGAAGACGCCGGCGAGCCCCCAGCCCCAUGCUGACAUGGAUCUGGGCGCGCAGAGGGAGCGCUGGGAGGCUUUCAGGAAGCGACGGGGCCUCAGCUGCGAGGGUGCUGCCAAGUUCUUGCUGGACACCUUCGAUUUCCCGGGGCUGGUGUAUCACACCGGAGGCUGCCACUGCGGCUCGGUGCGCUUUGCCGUGUGGGCGCCCGCCGACCUGAGCGUCCUGGAUUGCAGCUGCAGGCUGUGCCAGAAGAAGCAGCACCGAUACUUUAUCGUCCCGGCCUCGCGCUUCACGCUCCUCCUGGGCGCUGACACCAUGGUCACCUACCAGUGCAACGCGCACCCGGCGCUGCACAGCUUCUGCAUCAAGUGUGGCGUGCAGAGUUUCCACGCCUCUGUCUCUGCUCCCAGGGUUUAUGGCGUUGCCCCGCACUGCCUGGACCCGGGCACCGUGCGCAGCGUGGUCGUCGAGGAGGUUACCUGUGAUUCAUCGGGAGAUGAGGCCACCAACGAGCCCACGACCGUCGCGAGCAAGACCACCAAGUGAGCCCCUGCCUCUCCUCGGAAGAGGACCAGCGUCCCGUUAACGCUUGCUGCGCGCUGGUGGAGGUGGGGUGGGGGGGGAUGUAGCGGUGUGUCCCUUGCGCUUGUGUAAAUUGUCCUGUGAAAGGCGUGUUCCUCGCUGGACUGAUUGGACUGAUGGACCCGUGGACUCGCUUCAAGCUUCUACCCCUCCCCUUCCAGGAUCUUUUGCAGGACUUUGCUUAGCAUAAAUACCUGAGCGCACAAAGCGUUUUUCCGUGAAAACCCUCCAGUCAGUAACAAGUAGUGCCUCUACUUUUUCAAGUUACCCUUUGUAUCACGCGGUUUUAUUUCUUACACAGUUUGGCAAAGCGUUUGAGAUUGUUGCUGUUUACUGCAUGGCUAUGGUGGUAUUGUGAACGGGAAGAUAUGUAACACUACUACCAUCCAAAUUGUUGUAACACGAAUUAGGCCAUUGCCUCUUGAUUAUACUGACUUUGUGUGUGUUUGUGUGAGUGUGCAUUUAUUACGUGGUCACAGGUGUUUUAGUCAAUUACAUAUGAGGUAUUUUAAACCAUUGUCUAUAUAAUGAAUUUUUAAAAAUGUGUUUCAGAAUCACAGUAUUUCCUUGUGCUUAUUUUUCAGCUGAUGUUUACAUUUUGCUUGUCUUAUUGUAAAUAAUCUGGAUAGAUUUCAAGAUGCCUAAGGAGUGAGAAAUAUGUCUGUACACUCUAUGCCUUCUUUGAUGUCUUGAUAUUCCUAUCUUGCUUAUGUGUUAAUUAUUAAAAUUUAUC